GGGUUUAGGGUUCUCUCUCUCCCCUUCUUCGAGCUGCCAUUUGAUCGUCGGAGAAGCAAUUCUCCGUCAAUCGUCAGUCCUCCGUCAUGGAAUUGCUAAAGAAUGAGGCUCUCGAACUGUCAAGACCCGGUCUUCUCGUCGGCGAAAGCUUCAAUCUCGUUCUGAAGCGGGCAAUGGAGGACCUUUUGGCCGAUAUCCGCAGGGAAACCCCCAACACCGCCUCUUUCGUCGAUGCAUUCUACCAAUUGAUGCAAUCUAGAGCUGACCCACAUCUCGAGUCCAUCUGGGUCUACGCCGCAUUGACCUCUCGCGGCCGCAGUUGCGCAGGAGACGACGUUCUUGAUCGCGUGGCGGCCGCGAAAGACUCGUUUCUGCUGAUCAAGGCGUGCUCUUCUUCUUGUAGUCAUCUGAAGAGCGUAUCGCUGCUCGCGCCGGUGAUGUUUGAGGUCUAUGGGAUUGUUUCCGAGUUGUUUGCGAGGGACUUGUCGUCUAAGAGAGACAGGAGGGCGGUGAGAGAGGUCCAGUCCUUGGUUGAUGCGGUUGUUGGGUAUUUAAGCAUUUGCAGUUGCGAGGGUUCUUACGAGGGGGGCGGUUCGGAGACGAGCACGGGUAUUGCGGAUUUAGUCUGUGUUUGGUUGGGUCAAGGGGAGAACUCGGAGAGAUUCUUUCCGCUCUUGACAGAUGACAUAAGUAGAGCUCUUAUACAGGGAGGUUGCGGGGUUCAUUACUUGGCAGGGGCAGUUAUUGCGGAGGCGUUUUUGUUGAAGAUGUGCUUGAAACUCCGUGUCAAAGGAGCCACGAGGUCGGAAUUGGAGAAGGAGUUGAGGAGUUGGGCUGUUGCUUCGAUAACCGGCUUUCGGAACUCUUACUUCUUUGAGAUUCUCGUUAGGAUGCUUAUCCAGAGUACUUUACCUGGUGCCUCCUUUUUGUUCUCAUUUGGCCAGGGGUCAGAGGAUCAAGCUUUACUUAGGAAAGUCCUAUAUGAUGCGACUAUACUGGUGGAGUACUCUUUCCUCGGUCAUGAGAGAGUAGCUGAUUUGCCCACUGAACAUGUUAAGAAUCUUUUGAUGACAAGACUGAUCGUUGCUUACAAAGCCAUAGAGUUUUUCAGGGAGCAUGGGGACCAAACUCUUGCCAUCUCUUACAUAAAUGCCUUCUCUAGUUCUGCUCUGCCUUCACAAAUAAUGAAACUGGCGAGGAGAGCAAUUGGUGUGGAAAUUAAGGCAAGUGGAUCAGCAGGGUCAUCACCUAGAGCACUCAUAAAGUGGUUAUUGGAACUUGAGGAUCGAGGAUUGAGGUUCUUUGAUGAUAGCUUGUUGAAGUGCCGUGCUAAAUUGGUCUUUGAUGUUUCUGUUGCAAAUGAGAAACCGGUCUUGGAGUUGGAGGAUAGGAAACAGGAAGAUGAUGUUCUCUUUUACAUUGAUAAUAAAGGGGAAGAGAAAGAUGUGGAUGGAGAUGGAGAUGGAGAUGGAGAUGGAGAGGGCAAAGACAUAGAUGAAUCAAUGAGCGCAGCAUUUAUAGCAGCUGCACACGUGAUGGAGAUGACUGAAAAUGAAGGUAAAAAGAGGAAACAGAGAAAAAGGGCUGGGAAGGAAAAACGGAUCAAGUUUCUUAAGUAUGAGCUUGCUGAGAAUGCUGAUUUGCCAGGAGAGAGGUCCAAAGGGGUUGGUGGAGAUGGCGCAGGCAGCGCGAGUGAAGUUGAUAAUCCAAGUUCAGAUGAUGACGAGUAAACUGUGAGUCCAUAAGGAAGAAAUAUGAAAUGUGUUGAUAACCUAUGCCUACUAAUUAUUUCUGUGGCGACAGACUGAAUUUUUGGUAUGAUCCAGGUGUGUCUGGAUAUUGAUAAUCCGGAGCUAACAACCUGGUGAAUAUGUUUCAGUGUUGUUGCCCAAGUUUUACUUCGCUGUGUGUAAAGCACAUGCUGAUCUUCACAUCGCCAAAUCAUAUGGAAAGGUUUUGUAGUUCUCCAGUGUCGUCCGUUCUGCGUAGAAUGUACGUUAAAGCUAGUCAAGCUCUCAAUAGGCAGUCGAAAUUUUUUUUCAUUUUUGUUCCUGGGAUGGUAUCAUGUCCUCUAAUGUAAAAUUCGAGAGCUCUAUGUUGUACAAGACUCUGUUAUUUACAUCUGCAGCAAUGCUAAUGCAUUUAGAAGUUCUUUACAAA